GCUAACGUCAGAUAUAGUUCAUUAAAAACAUGGGAUAUUCUACCAUUUUGAACUGGAAUUGGAAGCUUUCGGACUACAUGAUCAUGUAACCCAAAGAGAUGGAUUUGGGGAUGUGGGCCCACACUGGUUCAUGUGCCUGUAUUGACUCUUGGAGGGAUCAGAGUGGCUGUUGGUGAGUGACCCCCAAUACGCCCAGGAUGCCAGGAUGCCCAUCACUCAGGACAACGCCCUCAGCAUCCUUCCACUACUGGAGGACUGGCAUGGGGCUCAGACCACAAGAGCACAGCUGGAUGACAACCUGAAUCAGGACAGUUCUGGCUCCAAGCAUGUGGACUCCUACCAGAAUGGGGAAGGGGAUAGUGUGUGCAGUAGUAGCAGUGUCAGUAGUGUUAAUUUGGAGGACAUGUCCCUGUGUGUAGCUGCCAUUCAGAAGUUGGUGGAGUACAUUAAGUUUAACUUCAUGGAGGGUGACACAGCUCCAUCAGCCAGCCUGUCGUCCUGCAGGGAGGGGUUAGAUGUUGAGGUUCAUGCUGUUUCCCUCAGUAAAGACAAGGCAGAUACUGCUGAGUUUGGCCUCAGCUUUGGGAACAUUCCUAUUUUUGGGGACCCUGACAGAAGAAAGAAGGGGGGUCCAAGGAGGAGAAGGGACCAGAGCCCCAUUAUGGACGUGGGAUGCAUCUGGGUGACAGAGGUGAGGAAGGGGAGCCCAGCAGCCCACUGUGGGAGGAUCAAGCUGAGAGACGAACUGCUUUCACUGAACGGGCAGCUGAUGGUGGGAGUAGAUGUUAGUGGAGCCAGUUACCUGGCUGACCAGUGCUGGAGUGGAGGCUGUAUCUACCUGAUCAUGCUGCGGAGAGUCAAGAGAAAGGCUCCUCUCCCUCCCUGUGGCAGUGUUAAUGCUCCAGUCAGCAGUGACAGCUGUGAAGAUCAGCAGCAGGAAAGAGCUGCCUCUGAGCCCUCUGACAUACGUACACGCAAAUUUGGUGUCAUAUCACGUUCCUCCUUUAUUCGAGACAACAGAGACAGUACUAGCUCAGAACUCCGGAGCUGUUACAACAGCGACAACUCUUCUGUUCCCCUUGAUGCACAAGCUAGUCUUCCAGGUGAUGACUCAGGUUCCAUCCUCUCCACCGAUACACCCUCAGAGGAAAGCUCACACACCUUUCCUCAGGUGGGAACUGUUCUGCAGCGUCUACAUAGCGGAGCCUCUUCCACACUGCCUACAAGGUGUCACAGUCAGCUGUUAGAAUACAAAAUCGAUUCUUUCAGCAGUGAACCUUCAAGCCAGCUCAGGGAGGGCAACCACAUCUGGAAGAUGCAUAUGGUGAAGGGUCAGGAGGGCCUGGGCAUACAGAUAACAGGGGGUCGUGGCUCCAAAAGAUGUCCCCAUGGCAUCAUUAUAGCACAUGUAGAGGAGGGAGGUGCCAUUCACAGGGAUGGUCGUCUUCAUGCCGGUGAUGAGUUGCUGAUGAUUAAUGGUCAGUCUCUGGUGGGUCUCAGCCAUAAGGAGGCUGCUGCUAUCCUCCGCUCCACUACUGGUCUAGUCCAGCUGGUGGUGGCCAGCAGGGAGGAGUCAGAAGUGGGUUUCGAGCGCUUCCCAUCGACCAGUCUGCCAGACCUAGUCAGCACCUGCAAUUCCUUGUCCUACCUAUCUCAGUCUGCUCCCCCUCGCUCACCCCAGACCUCCAACUGCAGCACCAGUCUUCAUCCCUACCUGUUGACUAACGUGGAGAAACUAGACCAACAAUGUCAGGGAGAGGUACCCAAAGGAUCCUGCUGCAGCCCCACACCCAUGAAGCUCUGCAGUCGAUCCCAGGGGGGGAGCAGUCGUCUUGAAUCCGUGGGUGAGGAUGAUGAGCUGUUUGUGGAGAAUGGUGUGAGCAGCAGUGAAGAGGUGGAGAAGCCUACAGCUGGCCGACGCAAACACUCCUUACCUCAACAACUAGACACUGCUGGAGUGAGACAGGAAUAUCAGACAAUUAAGAAAUCAGCCCGCUCCCUGAGCACCAUUCAAGUGGAGUCUCCAUGGCGACUGGCGCAGCCAUCCAUUAUCUCCAGUAUAGUGCUGAUGAAAGGCCAGGGCAAGGGCUUAGGAUUCAGUAUUGUUGGUGGGCAGGACUCAGCACGUGGACAGAUGGGGAUUUUUGUCAAAACCAUUUUCGCUCAAGGAGCUGCAGCUGCUGAUGGACGACUAAAAGAGGGAGAUGAGAUUUUGGAAGUGAAUGGAGAGUCUCUCCAAGGACUCACACACCAGCAGGCCAUCCAGACCUUCAAGCAACUGAAAAAAGGUGUGGUGACACUGACAAUUCGGACUCGUCUCCGCAGUCCCAGCCUGACACCCUGUCCAACCCCUACCCUCCUCAGCCGCUCCAGCUCACCUAAUUCCAACACUAGUGGGGGAACACCUGUCCCUUCAGGGUUUGAAGAGGUCGAUGGCCGCAGGGGCCCUGGUCCUGGACCAAAAGACUGCAUCAUCAUGGAGGUCACACUCAAUAAAGAACCUGGUGUUGGACUGGGAAUUGGAGUCUGUUGUCUGACCCUGGAGAAUUCUAUUACUGGCAUCUACAUCCAUAGUCUGGCACUGGGUUCUGUGUCCAAGAUGGAUGGCAGGCUCAGUCGAGGAGAUCAGAUACUGGAGGUGGACUCAGUCAGUCUUCGUCAUGCUGCUCUCAGUGAGGCCUAUGCCAUCCUCAGUGAAUGUGGCCCUGGACCAGUCAGUCUCAUUAUAAGCAGGCACCCUAACCCCAAGGUGUCAGAACAGGAGAUGGAUCACAUUAUUGCUCGAUCCACACACAAGGACAAAAUGAGCAAAAACAGAGGUCACUCCCAAGGUCUGUCCUGUAAAGGCCCCUACCCAACAAUGAAGGACAGGCAAGGGGAUGGCUCCCCUGCUCUCAGCUGGACCAUGAAGAGAUUCCUUGAGCCUGCCAGUAGACAGGGUUCCCUAAGCUCAGAGACAGAGCUAUCUCAGUACUUCUCCCAGGACGUGUCUAGCCGCUCGCCCCUGUCGGAAUCCGUGCUGAAGGACUCAAACAGUGAUGAGGCCCUCCACCAGCCGAGCUGCGGGACCUCCAUGGGUGACAACUCAUCGCAGCCACAUGCAGUCUGCCCCUCUCUAACAGAAAAGGGGAGUGGCCCUGUCUACAACGCAUCACAAGAUAAGACCCCUGUCCUUCUUGAUCACCAUGUGGAUGCAGUUCGUCAGCCCAUUGAUGUCUCAAGCCCCACCUCCAUGCGGAGCCCACUUCAUCAUCCAAUGACAUGCUUUGAGGAAGAGCUCAGUGAUGAUGAGUGCUCCAACAGCACUGGAAACCCUGGGCUCCUCCACAGACCAAGGAAAUCUGACUCUAUUAACUCAAAAACUGAUUCACUGUUAGAUGGAUGUGGUGAAGAUGGGGGGGAUUUUCAGAGGUGUGGAAGCAAUGAUGUGACAACACCACACUAUGGUGGUUUCUCACAGUGUGAGGAAGUUAUGACAAGUAAGUCUGAGUCAUCUGGCUCUGAGUCACCCUUCAUGCCUAUCCGCAGCCUCUUUGACCACAAAGUAAGGGUGGGUUCUGGGUCCAAUAAUUUGACCAUCAAUAAUGUGAAUUAUACAAAUAAAGAUGAUGGACAGUUGGAGUCAAAGCACUCACCCAAGCUUGAGCAUAAAGCAGUGACGCGGGUCAAAAGUAUGAUGAGUAUUGAAGCACCAAAUCUGGCCCAGCAGCAAAAGUCCAAAGUUGAUGAGUCCUCUCCAGGCUUGGCCCUGUCACAGUCCCAAUUCCAUGACACACAGUGUGAAAGAAACCCCAGGACUGCUGGUGAGUCGAUACCCCAUCAGCACUGUAAGAGGGGAGACAGUGAACUUGUAGGUGUUUGCACCAUUGACACUGUGACCCUGUGGAGAAGUGAGGAUGAGUCAUUUGGGCUUGACCUGGAGAUAAUGUCAUCUCCUCUGAAAGUUAUCAUCACUGGAUUAAAGCCUGGAGGUGCAGCGGAGAGGGAAUCUACAGGCAAGCUAUGUCCUGGUGAUGAGAUUGUAAAAAUUGAGGAAAAACUGGUGUGCUCCUCUAGCUACCAGGAAAUCUGGGAGCUCAUGCUCAACCUCCCUUUGACGCUGUCCUUGGAAGUUAAGCGACCAAUUUCAGCUGUAGAUCGACUGUCUAUUUUGACAGUUUCCACCAGACUGAGCCCAGCCAAAUCUGUUCAGGAGACAUCUGAUGGACAAGUGAAAAAUACUAAUUCAGGGAAUUCCAGCCAUUCAACCCAAACAGAGAAUGACUUUCAAAUACCCAUCACCAAUAUAGAUGACAUUUUAUCAGGAGAGAGCCUCUGCAGUGAUACAGUGACACACAACAAAACGCUGUACAAAACAUCCUCAGUUGAGCCCAUAUCCUGCAGUUCAAGCCAACAUACAGUAACCCUUUUUAAAAAAGGUAGCAUUCAGGUACCAAUACAGUCCAAUCCCCUGGACUGUUCCAUCUCGGAUCAAGGUACCAUCCUCCCUGUGAAGACAGCACAUGUAAUCCAACAAAAGGAGAACAGCUCUGCUGUUUUCAAUGGAUCAAGUCCGGAAAGUUCUGAUGCCCGUUCUACAUGUAUGUACACCUUAGGAGAUGACAGUGAUUCAAAUAGCGACUCCACCACUGACAACAGUGUAAUGGCCAAUAAGAUGGCUGGCAGUGGUAGUCUUCAUGAGCCCUCCUCAGAUGAGGAGGAAGUGGAGUUUUGUUCCUGUGAUGCCAGGCAACAUGAUGCUGGUGGACAUACUCAUUUAAGACAGUCACCAAAUGGGUCUUCACAUUUUCAGCAUGCCAAUAGUCAAAAUUUAAACCUGGAUCAGACGUUUGAUGUGUUGAAGGUCUUCUGUGAUGUCACACAGUCAAACAAAGAAAACUCUGUUACAACACCCCAAUUCUCACAGCUUUCUCGGUUAUUAGGGACCUCUGCAGAGCAACCGUGCCAGUCUUCCAGCUGUACACUACCUGUGUUUCCUAUACAGUCCCACAUUAAUAGUGCCAUUGGAUCCUGUGACAAAGUUAAAGCAUGUGUGGCAUCCAAUCCUAGAAGACUAAGCAUUUAUAGCAGCCCCUCUCCACCAGAUACCCACAGUGCCACUCGGGGUCCGAUUGCAAAUUUGCAUGCAGAUGCCUCACUGACCUCAGAUUUAUCAAAGCAUUUGAAUACACAAAUAUCUCAUUCAUCAGUGGAAUCAAUGAUAAACAAAGAAAAAGUGUUCGAUUGCAGAACUCAUCCCCAUGCUAGCUCCUUGCUUAACGAGAUGUCUGGCCUUAAACUCCUUGAUAAUUCAGACUGUCCUGUGUGGAGUAAUAAUUUCAAACUUCAGGUUGAAACUCAAAGCAAAACAAUCACUAGUGCUCCUAAACUGAAGGGCCUAAGUAUUAAGAGUAAGAAUAAACCACAGAGGGAACCUCCUCAAACACCUACCAAGAGUGAUGGUCCAGUUGCUUCAAAUAUCAAUGCUUCCUUGAACCAGUCAACAAAAUUACCACCAACAGCAACCAUACCAUGCUUUUUAAAGACCAGUAACGAGUAUGAUAUGAACAGACCUCUUGCCUUGCCCAAAGUAAGUGACAGAAAGCAAGUUACAGCUGAGCAUGAGCCUUCCGGUGGCACAUUACAAACAGUACAACUGGACAAGGAGAAGGACAUGCCUUUAUGCUCCACAACAGCCAAGUCACAGGGUCGAUCACACCCACCCGAAACACAGAGAACAUUUAUAGAAGUUCAAAUGUCUUGCUUAUCUGGUUCAUCAUCACCAGUUAUGGUGGAGAAUGAAACAUUUCAUUCAAAAGCCUAUACACCAACUCAAAGAGGCACAGAAGCAAGAUUAACCCCAAUGCUUUCUCCUGCCAGCUCUACAGGAGAAAAAACAAAUGGCAUGGUAAGUAACACAGUAUUUAGUUCACUGUGUUCUACCAAAGAAACUCAUUCAACCACAAGUAAUGGCUUGAAACCCAGUAUUGCGGAGAAAAGAGAGGCCCUUAAGUCCAGCAAGUCCAGACUGUACAUAAAGACAAUGGAAAGGGGAAGCUUCUCCACAGAUGCAGCCUUGUCUGCAAACUACAAUCCCUUCUCUGUCCAGCAUAAGAUAAAGUCAUUUGAAAACCUGGCUCACUUUGAGAAGCCUGUGGCUAAAAGCAGUGACAUUCAGUCUUAUGCUCUGGCAUAUAGAGCCUCACUUAACCAAAGAAUUGCUGGCUAUAUGGGCUUGGUUAAUUCUAUUGACUGCCAGGCAUGGCAAAGGAGUUUUAGUUCUUAUGUAGACAAUCUAAUCCCGACCACACCCUGCCCACCUCUUCUUGGUAAAUCUCCAUCUAGCAUUGCACUGAUAAACCUUGAGCCUCCACAUUCAAGCAGUAACACAACCCCCCCGACUGAGGACAAUCCAGAGGCUGAAGUUCAAACAGCCUCAGAUGGGAUUACACCACAAAGCUCUCAGGUACAGCGGAGGAAACACAGCAAACUUGCCAACAACAAGUUGUGUCAGUUCAGGGCUCUCAGUAUGCCUGAAUUGGAAAAACUAUGCACAAAGGAUGUUACCAGAGGACAUGAUGCAGCUGUAGAUAAAGCAACGCAUGACAUCCAUCCCUCUAGAUUUAAGAAAGCCAAAGACACUGAGAGCUUUCCACCUUUUGCAACCCUGACAAAAGUGGAUUUGAACAGAACGAGCCAAGGCAAUCUUCAAUCUACUGAAGUGACUCCUCAAGGAAGCCUAGAGACCCAUGGACAACAGUCUGGGUGGUCCAUCAGUUUAAAGGAGCUGGCUACGUCUCCAGAGAGUCAGUGUAAACUACAAACACUGCUGUCGUCCCCGACCUUUAAAUCAUAUGCGCUGACCCUACUUCAGGAAGCCAGGGCCAUGUCAGAGGUUAACAAUGAUACACAUCUUGUUGUCCUAUGUAAAGAAGACGGCUCAGGACUUGGUUUUAGUAUUGCUGGUGGAGUAGACCUUGAACAGAAGGCAAUAACUGUUCAUCGAGUCUUCACCAAAGGUGCAGCUAGCCUUGAGGGCACAAUCCAGAGAGGUGACAGCAUUUUAUCCAUAAAUGGCACAAGUCUGGAGGGUAAAACCCAUGGAGAGGCUGUCUCAUGCCUUCGUCAAGCCAGGCUGUUCAAUCAAGCCUUGGUAGUUAUUCAGAGAGACAAGGACAGUGAACUGAGUGUCUCAGACAGACAUGAUUCAGCCAGCCAGCCAAAGAGGAUGUGUUCAGUGGGGAAGAAGUCUUUGGAUGCUGGAGCAGGGAUGGAUGUGGCUCCAUAUGGUGCUGAAGCAGUGGAGCUUCAUAAAUCCUCUUCUGGCCUCGGCUUCAGUCUGGAGGGGGGAAUGUCUUCAAGCCAGGGAGACAGGCCUCUCAUUGUUAAACGCAUCUUAAAAGGAGGUGCUGCAGAAUUGUCUGGCCUUAUUGAAGUUGGCGAUGAGGUCCUGUCUGUCAACGGCUGUUCUCUGGAGGGCCUCAUGCACCAUGAUGCCUGGAACAUCAUCAAAUCCACCAACAAAGGCCCCAUCCGCCUCCUCAUCCGCAAGCCCAGUACCUUACUGUAAUGAACAAUUCAAUAGAAACUUUCUGAUAAGGGCCAGUGUGAAACAGCCCUCCAAAACAGGGUAUGGAGAAGCAGCAGAAAUGAAAACAAGCAUUUUCUUACAUUUUUUUUCAUAGACCUUAUUUGAAAUUUGUGUUUUGUCUUGUUAUAUGUCUUUGUACUUAUAAAUAGGUCAAAUUGGGUGGACGACAAAGUAUUGUAAUGUACGAUGCUGAAUUGAAUGAUUUAAUUCAGAUGGGAAGUGCAGUUUUUUCCAAUAGAUUUACUUUGGAACAGUAAAGAAUCCAAUGAGAUUGUCACUUGUUCCUUUUUAAAAAAAAAUAAAGUCAGUAUGUCAAAUGAUCUAUGACUGGUCGUGGUGAGCAUUCAUAAUAAUUUGUGAGAUGACAACCGUUAAUAACCACAAAUUUGCAAAAACGUAGUUCUAUGAAGUGUUAGGCUCAACAUUUGUGUACUCUAAGCUUCAGAAAUAUAACUGUUCUACAAACUGUUCUAAGACCUCACCAACAUUUCAAACAGUUUAUUCUAUAUUUGUCUUCUCUGGUGUUACCACAUAUUCACAAUUUCUUUAUUGGCACACUCAGUUUCUAGUUACUGUCCUAGGGCCCAAGUCGGGUCUGGUAGGGUCCUGUUGUAUUGCUUUAGAUCUCUGGUCUAUCUGAUAAUAUUGCAUUUCUAAUACCUGAAUAGAUCCAAGCAGACUCUCUAUCAGCUUAGUCAAACACAUUUUGGAUCAGGGCUGAUAUCUAUUAAGUAGCUCAGGGAAAACGUUUGGUCUAAAAUGUGCUAAAAUUCGAAGAAUGGCAUUACUUUGCUCUCAUUCUUAUGAAUGGAAUUAUAAUCAAUCAUAAAAAUAUAUAUUAUAUAAUAUACACUAUAUUAUUACAAUUGACAAUUACAAUUACCAAGUUUCAUUUGUAGGUCAGCUCCUGUGUUUUGACUUCAGGAAAAAAAUAACCCUCAUUUCACACUCUGGAUUCACUAGCAUCAUCACCAAAAAAAAGCACCCAUGGACUUACUUGUAAACUUACUUGCAGCAUCAUUAGGCAAAGCUUCGUAGUCCUACUUUUUAUAUUAAAUAUGUAAGAAUAAUUUGUUUAAUUUGUUUCAUGGUUAUCAUACUAUGCAGAUUGCAUUCACAUCCUGGGCUCCAGAGGCUUAAGAUCAGACUUUUAAUAUGCAGGAUUUGUAGGUUACUGUGUCUAUACAAACAUUGUUUGGCACUGUGUCCACCAUUUCCAAAGCUUCCUUUUGGAUGUGUGUGAGACCUGCUUGCAACCUUGUUAUAAAGACCAGACCUCACUUGUGCGACUGGGGCUGCACACCAACUUCCCAAUGGUUGCAGUCCAGAAACAUCACAAACACAGCAAAGUACGAAGAAAAUAUGAGAAAUACAGGGAGAUGGUUGGGUCUGUGCAGAUAAAUACACCACCCACACUCCUUAUGGGUCAUAAGUGAUGAUUGAGAGAAAUUACUUUUGUAUGAGUCUAGUCCAUUCAUUGUUUAUGGUGUCAUGGUUUUGGGUGUCACUUUUGUUAUUUCCUGUUUUAUAUUGACAAACUUUCCCUCAUGUAUUAUCUUUUGCUUUACUUCCUGUGUUUUCCCGCCUUUGUGACUAAUGAUAGUUGUUUUGGGGAU